AUGGAGUCGGAGGGUUGCAGGGUGGCCUUCGAGAAGGACGGGGUUUUCCUGCACACCAGCGCCAAGCGCCACCCGGAUCAGGACUCGCUCAUCCCGGGGGUCAUCCGCAUCCUCGAGAGGGGCUCAGACCACCUGCUGCAGUGGACGCCCCUGGAGGAAGGUGGUGAUGCUGCCCAGAUUGUUUUCUCCAAAAAGCCCCCGGGCGCGGCCGAGGAGGAGCCCUUCGAUCCGGGCUACGAGCCCGACUGGGCCGUGAUCAGCACCGUGAGGCCCCGGCCGCAGGAGGAGCCCCCGGGCUCCAUGCCCCCGCCCGGUCCCCGGGCACAGUGGGCCUUCACGCUCAGCCUCUCCGAGCUGCAGUCCAUCCGCCGGGGCCGGCCGGGGCUGGGCUGGUCCUACCUCAUCUUCAUCAGCCGGGAGAGCGGGUCCCUGCCUGCCCUCCACUUCCACCGCGGCGGCAGCAAGGCCCUGCUGCGGGCGCUCUGCAAGUACCUCAUCCUGGCCAUCUCCCCCAAGGACUCCCGGCUUUACCUGGUCUACAGCCACGACUCGUACGCGCUGUCACAUGCCUUCGACCAGCUGCAGCUGUUCGAUGAGAACUCCUCCAACCUGGUGUCGCGUUUCCUGCAGGACCCCUACACGGCCACUUUCGGGGGCUUCUCCAAAGUCACCAGCUUUUUCCGCGGGGCCCUGCACCACGAGGCUGGCGCCCCCCUGCGGCCCCCGGGCACCGCCGCCGCUAGCCUGGAGGAUGAGCCAGGCUUCGAGGUCAUCACCUGCCAGGUGCAGCUGGGGCCACGGCCGGCCGUGUGCCGGGAGGCCCCGGUGACGGAGCAGGAGUGGGGGCAGCACCUGGACCCCGAGGGGCGCAUCACCCACCUGGACGGGCUCAAGAGGAGGAUCUUCGCAGGGGGCCUCACCCCAGCGCUGCGCAAGGAAGCCUGGAAGUUCCUGCUGGGCUACUACAGUUGGGAGAGCAGCAGCGAGGAGAACCGGGCGCAGGCCCGGCGCCGAACAGACGAGUAUUUCCGCAUGAAGCUGCAGUGGAAGUCGGUGAGCGAGGAGCAGGAACGGCGGAACUCCCUGCUGCGCGGCUACCGCAGCCUCAUCGAGCGCGACGUGAGCCGCACCGACCGGAACAACAAAUUCUACCAGGGCAGCGAGAACCCGGCGCUGGUUCUGCUCCACGACGUGCUCAUGACGUACUGUGUGUACAACUUCGACCUGGGCUACGUGCAGGGCAUGAGUGACCUGCUCUCCCCCGUCCUGUACGUCACCCAGAACGAAGUCGACGCCUUCUGGUGCUUCGCGGGUUUCAUGGAGCUGGUGCAACAUAACUUCGAGGAGAGCCAGGAGAGCAUGAAACGGCAGCUGGGCCAGCUGGCGCUGCUGCUGCGUGUCCUGGACCCGCCGCUGUGCGACUUCCUGGACUCGAAGGAAUCCGGGUCCUUGUGCUUCUGCUUUCGCUGGCUCCUGAUCUGGUUCAAGCGGGAAUUCGCCUUUGAGGACGUGCUGCAGCUCUGGGAGGUGCUGUGGACGGGGUUGCCCUGUCCCAGCUUCCACCUGCUGGUGGCCUGCGGGAUCCUGGACUCGGAGCGCGAGGCCCUAAUGAACUCGGGGUUCGGCUUCAGCGAGAUCCUCAAGCACAUCAACGAGCUGACGAUGACGAUGAGUGUGGAGGAGACGCUGGUCCAGGCCGAGGCGCUGUACGGACAGCUGGUGGCCAGUCCU